GCCGACAUUAUGAUAAUGAUGGUAGAUAUAAAAGAAGCCGAUUUUGGCGGCCCGCUGAUCAGUGGCAUCGCGGUCGGUUCGUGGCAGAAUGAAAGCUCAGGUUGCGAUAGUGGGAACCUUGACCAUGCUGGUGGUUCUGACGGGCGCGCAGCAUGCAACGAUUGUGGAACAUGACCAGAACGUAAACCCAGAUGGGUCGUACUUCUAUCGUUACGUCCUAACGGAUGGUACAGAAGCACAAGAGCGAGGUGUUGGAGGUCAAUCUGCCACAGGUGGUUACAAAUAUACAUCUCCCGAAGGGGAGGUAAUACAAAUCACCUACACAGCAGACGAGAAUGGAUUCAAUCCCCAAGGAGAUGUUAUUCCACAACCGCCACCGAUUCCUGAAGGAAUUUUACGGGCACUAGAAUACAUUCGCACGCAUUCGAAACCAUUUAGAAAAUGAUUACUAUUAGUGAAUGUUCGAACAGUUACGUUCAGAGUGAAAAAUGUGAUAAUAUAGUGUUAUUUAGGUGAUCGAGAGCAGUUUUCAUUAAAUUAAAAGUGAUCAUGAGUCUGCUGUAUUUCAAGUAAAGUUCCGUGCAGUAUUCCGUUGCAAUAAUGCAUGUAAAUAAAAAAUCCAGUAUUUUAGUUGAUGAUUGUUCUCCUGUUGUACCCUUUUCGCCUUGUUAAUUUUGAUAAAACAAUCGGGACCUGAUAUCUUUUGACCAUAAAUUAGCCGGCUUAUGUGUGAGAGAAUACAUUGAACGAAAAUUGUAAUGAAUAAUUGCACAGUACCAAAAAAUGCAAUUUACAACUAAUACAAAAGAAAGCACACAACGGUUUCUAGCACAUAAAGUGAAAAACAUAUACAAUUUCACACCGUUAAUAAUGCACAGUACAAAAUUGUUUAAAACCAUGUGAAUUUGUACGUUAAGUUAUGUAAACUUAAAACUUUGAAUAUAAAUUUGCAUGCAUAUUCACAUUAUAUUCAUUUACAUAGCAUGUGAAUAUAAUGCGACACGGAAUAUUACAUGGUUGCCAAUGCUCCAUGCACAUAGCAUUAAAACAGAUAUCAUUUUUUUUUUACUGUGUGUGACAAAGCUUUAUAUUGCUUGAUAAGGCAAAUAAACUGAAAAUAAUAAUAUAUAAUAAUAUAAUAAUUGAUAUUUUGUUGUAGCUAACUGUACAAUACUCAAAACUACCAAACAUUUCGGCUACUAAUCUGGGUCAUGCAGGCAUUAUUCACAGCACAGCAGUGUACCAAACGACUUUGAAAUGUUGCGGACGCGAUGACACUGAGCAAGUUUAAAUGGCAUUCUCCUCUGAGCGAGUCUGAGGUUUUUAGUUCGACCAGCUCCCAUUUUCAUACGAUUCUGGUCGCAGUGAGG